AUGUCGGUGCUGAAAGGCCUGUUCGCGGCGCUGGGCGCGUACUGGCUCGUGGUGUUCUGGCGCCGGUGGUCCAUCCACACGCGGACCCAGCAGUUUGUGUUGGAGCAGCGACGCAAGGCCGGUAUCCCCGACUCGGACAAGCGCCCGCUCGCCGAAGCCGCGGCGGAUGCGGCACAGCGCCGCCAGCGCGCUUUUGAGGAGCAGCUCAAAGAGUGCCAAGACGUCUUUGGACGCGCCCAGCCGGCUCCCCAGCGGACCGUUCCAAAGGAGAAUCCGGGGAAGGCGGUGCGCGCGAGCCGUGCGCCGUCGCACGAGCCGGCGCCGCCGGCGCCGCCGGCGAUGCAGCGCAAUCGCACCAUCACACGGAGCAACGCGCACGGACACAAACGCGCGCACUCGGAUGCGGACGGCGCGGCGGCGAAGCGCAACCGCACCGCGCCUGCCAAGGCCACAGACACGGAGGCGCCACGCAAGCGCCACGCCGAGGACGAGCCGCCACGCACGCGAAAAGCCGCGCGCAAAGAGCCCGUGGACGACGACGAGGAGAUGGCCGACGUCUCGGGCACAGAUCUGUCCGAUUCGAGCCAGCCGUACGACUCGGACGCCGAGUCGAUGGACGAGGAGGACGAGCUGGUGCCCGGCGACGAGCACGGGCCCCGGAAGCGCGAGGCGGAUACCACGAUGGACCACGGCCCUGGCGACGAGUGGCUCGAUGCAAACGGGCUGCGCUGGCGCAUCGGCGAGGACGGCAUUCCCCGCCGUCUCGUGACGCUGGUCGAGAUGAAGCCCAAGUACAGGAUGCCCCGCGACGCAACGCACGCCGACUCCAAGACCAAGGUCCCAACCUAUAUCGAAAAGUUUCUCUCGCACGACGAGUACGAGGAGGCGAAGCGCAAGAAGCAGCUCUCGUGGCAGCACGAGCUCGCGCUUGCCAAGAACACGGAUGCCGGCUCGCCGAUGGCGCUUGCGAGCGACGACAAUGUCGAAGACAGUCUCGCGAGUCUCGUCUCGCGCCGCUCCAAGGCGCAGCUGCGGCGGACUGGCGGCGAGCUGCUGUACAACGAUGCGACACGCACCCCGCAGCAGCUCGCCCGCUCGCGCGCGAGCUCCGUGGCGGGCGAUGACUCGUUCGGCGCGUCGAUGAGCGACGACUCCCGCUCGUUUUCCUCGUCGAUCUCGGCCAACGUGUCCGGCGACAAUCUGUCCGCGUCGCGCCGCCUCGCGCUGGGCCGCUCGCCGGCGCCUCGCGCGUCGCCGCACCUCCUUCGCGCGCAGCGCUACGCCGCAUCCCCGUCGCCCUUGUCGCCCGCACGCAGCGCACUCGACCAGGCGGCGAAGCGCCGGCGGGAGGAGCAGCUCAUGGCACAGAUUCGCGCGAAUCGCGAGGCAAAGGCAAAGGCCGCUCCCAAGCCUGGGCCGCCUGCCCCGAAGCUCGAGGCGCCUGCACCGCCCAAGCUUGAGGCGCCUGCGCCCGCGGAGCCCACCCAAAAGCCGGCCGAGGCCAAGCCGGCGGCGCCCGUAUUUACCUUUGGCAAAUAG